ACCACCAAGUCCACCACCGAUUGUCAUAUUGCGUGAUUAUCUAAAAAAUUUAAACAGGUAUGUAGUGCAUCCGAUUGAUUCAACGGCGAUUCAGUUUCCAUCGACCCCUUUUAUUGACUCAAUUGAAUCCUCUAAAAUAGGUUAGAGUAGGAAUAGAAGUAGGUUUAAUUUGAUGGUAGCUUAACUCCCAUCGAUCUCUUCACUGGCUCAGUUGAGCCCCUCGAAUAAGCUAUAGUAGAAGUAGGUGUAGGGUAGAUUAUAACCGACCGUCCGGAAAAAAAAGUACUGGAAACAGUUGUUUUCUCGGGAGGGAGUACUCAAACAAGUUGCCUACUCAGAAACCUCACUAAAACCCCAGCUCCCCAGUUUCCGGCCACAGCCUCUUCAGUUUUGCUGGCUUACCAGUCAUCAAUUCCAUUCGCUGGACUAAUCCAUCCAAUUGGCUUUAAUGGAGGUUAACCAGGCGUAUAUAUCCCCCAAUACUGCAGAGACUGAUGAUGAGAUCUCAUUUGUUCUUGAUCUUUCUGAGAAUGAUCCUUUGUUCCAGAAGAAAAAGCAUGUGACAGAAAUUACUGGAAGACGUAGGCUUUGAUCCAAAGGGAAGUGUUGCCUUGAAUAUUGCCUCCAAUCCUGAUCACUUGAAGCAUGUCCUGGACAUGAUGCUUAAGCGUGCCAGAAUCAUAAACUUGAAUGAGAUUGAACUGUAUUUUGGGGGAGCAGAUUUCGCUAAUCUGGUGGGUUUUAAUAGUCCAAGGCAUGAGUUGGAAGCUCUACAUUCUGUUCUUAGACUCAUUGAUUGUUCAAUUUCCAAUGGUAAAGUCAAGAAUAAAAAUUCACUGCAAGAGAUACGCAAUGCAACAGUUAAUAUGAUAGAUGAACUUGGGCACAAGUAUGGAGAGGAAACUAAAGUUGUUCAAGACUCCAGUUGUGAAAAAGAGGAAUGUCUACUGCAGUGGGGCAAAAGUAAUGGUCUCCACACAAAAUUGGAGAUAGCUUAUGUUGAAGGAGCUGGAAGAGGAGCUAUCGCUAAAGAAGAUCUGAAAAUUGGGGACAUUGCUCUAGAGGUCCCUGUGUCUUUGGUCAUUUCCGAGAACCUGGUUUUUGAAACUGGCAUGUUUCCAAUAUUGGAGAAAAUUGAGGGGAUUUCUUCAGAGACAAUGCUAUUGUUAUGGAGCAUGAAGGAGAAACACAACAGCGAUUCCAAUUUCAAGUUAUAUUUCGAUACGUUGCCUGCAGUGUUUAAUACAGGAUUGAGCUUUGGGGUCAAUGCCAUCAUGGCUUUAGAUGGAACUAUCUUAUUGGAAGAGAUAGUACAAGCAAAAGAGCACUUACGUAACCAAUAUGAACAGUUAUUUCCUGUCCUAUAUGAGAAUUAUCCUGACGUAUUUCCACCAGAGCUUUAUACAUGGGAGCAGUUUCUCUGGGCUUGUGAGCUCUGGUACUCCAACAGCAUGAAGAUUAUGUUCAGUGAUGGAAAGCUAAGGACCUGCUUAAUUCCUGUUGCUGGUUUCCUGAACCACUCGACGUGUCCACACAUAACGCACUAUGGGAAAGUAGAUCCAUUGACAGAUUCUGUAAAAUUUCCUUUGUCAAGGCCUUGCAAUGCAGGAGAGCAAUGCUUUCUUACCUAUGGAAAUUUCUCCAGCUCACAUUUACUUACUUUUUAUGGCUUUUUGCCACGACAAAAAAAUCCUUAUGAUGUUAUUCUGCUUGAUAUUGAUAUUGCCCAAGAUGAAGAUUGUGAGGAUGCAGGGCGCAUGUCCGAUAGUCACAUGGUGCGGGGCACCUGGUUCUCAAGGAACAAUGGGAUUUUCAAUUAUGGUUUGGCACCUCCAUUGCUUGAUCACUUUCGAAGGCCUCGGGGGCCUAUCUCACGAACAAAGACCCACGAUAGCCUGGAAAUUGAAGUUGAAAUACUCAAUGACCUUCGCUCUACCUUUGAAGAUAUGAUGGAGUCCCUCGGUGGAGAAGAGCUUGAUGACAGGGACAGUUGCAGUUGGGAUGUAAAGCUUGCAAUGGAUUUCAAAGACUUACAGAGGAGAAUUGUCUCCUCAAUCAUAACUUCAUGUGACGCCGGUUGCAAGUUGUUGGAAUACGAACUGAGCAGAUGCUCAGAAUAGCAAGGAUGUAUAAUGGGAAAAAAACUUGUAGCAGGUAGGAGGGCAUCAUCUAUAACCUUGCAUUUGGUUAGUUUUCAAACAAAACUUGUGGCACCGAGGCUGUAAAUGCAUGGGUGAUGAUGUUCCAGUUGGUCCUUCAAAUGGCCUUUUCUGAUACCUGCGAAACUGUAGGAAAAGGUUUCACUAGCUUUUCAGUUGUCCUUCAUGGCCUAGUCAUCAAUUAUUUUUUUCCCCCUUUAAACAAGAAAAUUCUCUGAAAUUGGCUGCACGAGUCGACAAGGGUUGAUUGUGUGCAUGAAUCCUUAAUUGUUCUCGCAACACUCUUCACUGUGGUUUACAUUUGAAUUUUCUUGACAGCA